AAGGCGUGUGUAUACCCAGCUUGCAAAGCGCUCAUAAAAAGACCGUUCAUACACUCUGCUUUGCUUUGGCGUCGGGUAUUUGUGUGAUCUUUGCUCUUUAUCUCGUUUCAUUCAAUCGUGAUCAUGGCCACGGAGACUCAAGAAAUUGUGCCAGCCGAGGAGACGAACCAAGAGCUUGUGUCAGCCGAAAAGAAAGUUGAAUACAGCGUUAAAUCCGAAGUGAUUAGCACGGUCAAAACUCACGAGACAGUCACAUAUGUGACCGAAGUACGCAGUGAAUCCGAAACGGUCGAGAACCACGUGCAGGAUUCGACUGUUGAGACAACAGAAGAAAUAACCAUUGUUGAAAAUGGCGAGGCAGAAGACAAUAAAGACGAGGAGAAAGCCGAAGUAGCCGAGCCCGAGCCAGAAAAACCGACCGAGAACGGAGAUGAGGAGUGUCCUGCGCCAGAAGAGCCCAAAGUUGAAGCGAAUAUUGAGUUAAAUGUCGAGGCAACACCCGCUGAAACUAAUGCCGAAGCAACCGAACCAAGCCCCGAAAUCGAGGAAGAGCCACCUAAAGUUAUCCUACAUCAACUACCGCCUAUGAAAGAAAUCGUAAGUCGUUCCCCACAAUGUCUUGCCCUCGAGACCUAUAUUAAAAUGUCAGGCAUAGCAUACGUGAACGAGUACGAAGAGAAGGCACAAGAUGUCACGAGAGAAAACAAGGGGAAAAUACCUUAUAUUGUAUACAAGAAAAAUAAGGUCGAAGGACUUAAGAACUGUAUUGAUUUCCUCAAGAAAGAGUUUGAAAUUGACACGGAUAAGCAUCUCUCGCCAACUGACGAAGCUGUCGUUCACGCCUUUCGCACGAUGAUCGAGGAAAGUACAUAUUGGAGUUUGAUGUACUAUCGUUGGGUUGACAACUACGGCGAGUCGAAGAAAAUGUUCAGCAAGCUACCGCCUGUAUUGAACGUUGUAAGUCCCAAAAUGUUCCAAAAUAAGUGCAAGAAAUCGAUCGAGAGCCAUGUUAUCGGGCGGCACAAUCGCGAGGAGCUGUACAAUAUCGCUGAGCAAGAUCUGAGUGCACUGGCCGCGUUCCUCAGUGAGAAAGCAUUUUUCCUGGGCGAGCAUCCUUCGAGCUUCGAUGCAGUUGCAUUCGGUUUACUUGCCAAUUUCGAAUACGGUACCAUAGGUUCCCCUCAGCAAAAUCUGAUCAAAGAUAAGCUCACGAAUCUACACGAUUUCGACGAACGUAUGAAGGAGAAGUAUUGGUCGAACUGGGAUGAAAUUUGUGGUGCAGAUAAAUUCCAAGAGAAACCCAAACCCUCGCUCGUGAAACGCCUUAGUUUCCGUGGAAAUAAAAAGUCGAAAAAGCCUGCUAAAGAAGGAGAAAAGUCCGAGCCCACGAGUCCAAGCGACGAGACGAAAGAUGCAGGUGAAGCGAAGGAGAACGGCGAACAAGCGAAAGAAAACGGCGAGACUGCAGAAAGCCCACAAGUGAAUGGCGAAGCAGAAGCCUCGGGAGAAGCAACGACGAGCGAGGAUAAGAAAGACGAAAGCGAAGAGAACAAGGACGAAUGUGCAGAGAAAAAAGACGAGGGAGAUAAACCUGACGAAACGGCUAAAGCUGAUGAACCCGCGAAAGACGAAGGUGAGAAAAGCGCGGAAUAAACAUUGGACAAAAUACGAACACGGCAUGAUAUCCGAGUUUAUAAGUGUGCAUAAUGGACUAGCAAUUCCGUCAACACAUAAAUAUAAGCAGAUUUAACAUCUUUCUGCUGCAGUGUGGCCAUCCCCAUAAAGGAUUUGUGGAUAUUUAUAUAUGAUUUUCAUCUGGGGAGUGUAUACAGUAUGACCGUAUUCAGGCCGCGCUCAGUAACACAAUAUUCAUUUCAUAACAAAAACAUAGUUAGGUAUAUUAUAAUGUGCAAACUUUCCACAAAAGGUAUAAAGUGUAAACUAGUAUUCAUUUGCCUUGUUUAAAGGAUGUUUAAUAUAGAGAUUUAAUAUGAACGUUGCUAGCAUGCCUAGCUUUUGUUGUUGUUGUCGUCGCUUCCGUAUUUCCGUUUUGUGAAAUCUACAACUAUGUAGAUUUCAAACUCAAUUUUAAAUAGAGUCGCUUGCGUGAUCUUGGGAAAAAGUACUAGACCUUGAAAAAUAAGCAUGUUCUUUUGAAAGGUGUAUUGUUUGAUCUUUGUUUUCUUUAGGAAAAAGUGUGAUAAUUUUUGUUCACAAAUUAUUUGCCAUGAAAUUAUAGGCGUGGUUUUUUGUGUAUGUGAUGUGAGCGUCAUUGAAAAUCCGGUUCUUUGUCGUUCCUAUUGAAAUACUUGAAUAACUUGAUACUUUUCAGUCGAUUGGAGCUCGAUAGAGCUUGGGCUUUCACAGUAUGUUUAUUUAGAUUGUUUACUUUGCAUGCUAACUGCAAUUUUGUUGACACUUAAAACCACAAAAGUGGACACGCAACUUUGCUUGUUCUCGAGACAUAAAAAGCGAUCCUAGCGAUUUCAGAUUUAAAAGUAUUGCGCUAUAUCUCGAGUUUUAGUUGCCAUUAUUUAUCGCUUUGUAGUUAUUGAAUUAAGAUAUUAAAUAACAGCCGUGACCUUAUCAGCAAAGGAGAAAUUAAAUUCCCUCUUUUAAUCUGGUGUAUAAAGACACUACCCUAGUCCAUGACGUUUUAAAUAAGCCACUAUAAUAAUACAAAAAAUUUGUUGAAAUACCAAAAUAAUAUCAUCCGUAAUAUAUCGUAUUAUAUUACUAAUAAAUCUCUCAGC